UUUCUUAGUCACCAGAUUUAUGAUGCUAGUGAGAUUUAGAUUUAUAGCUAGUAUCUUAUUCCUUUUUCUCCUAGAUGUAGUGAUGUCACAUUCACUCUUGAGUUCAGUAGAGCUUCCAUUUACAGAAUAGUCAGAAUUUUGAAAUUUUUAAUUAAUGGCAUAGCUGCUACAGUCAACUGAGCUUGUUUGGCAUGUAUCAGUGCAUAAAACAGAUGCUAUGCCAUGCAAACCAUCAUUGUUCAUGCAUGUUGAUGCUAUCACAUUGAAAUGUUCAUAAAAAGUUUAUGAAAAGUUUAUGAAAAAGUCCAAAAAUUCACUUUUUUUAUGAUGUGGCAACCUUGACUUGUGUCAGCCAACGCUUUGAGUGGGUGUACCAGUAGAUGCUGUUUGUUUGUGAUACUAAAAUCAUUAUUAUUUUGCAGCUAAUGUUGUUGUUUAUAGUAGAUCUAUUGCUCAAUGUUUCAGGACAACAAGGUCAAGAAUUCAUGCAUAUACCAGUACUCUUGUUUGUCAAUGACCAUUGCCGUACUAUAACAGAUUAUAAAUUGGUAAGUACCAUUGUACCAAGCCAUAUAUGUGCCUUGAUUCCAACACAGCGCAACAAUGAAUGUGCAGUUUCUAUAGAAAGAGAGAGUGAUGAGAUGUGCAAACAUUAUCCCCAUAUAGGGAAACAAUCCAGUAAGUUAUUGUUAACAAUAUGUAUUCAACCCACAGUCCCUCCCUAUUGUGCACCUGACCAACCAGAAUAGUGCAACUGUGGGUUGAGGUUUUGUUGGGCCCUAGCAAGAUGGAGUACUGUUUCUUUCCUUUGUUGAUAUUAUUGAUCAUAGUUACACUUUCAAAUUGUGAAGCUACGUGUAAUCAAAUUGUACCAUUAAAUGGAAACCCUAGUAUUGAAACAAGAGUAUCAAUUGGUGAAUGUGUUGCUUUUCAAUGUACACUAAAUCAUAUAGUACAGUGGAAACUAAAUGGAACUGAUAUCAGUAAUGAUGAUAUUCAUUACAAUAUCAAUACUACUAGUGGUACACUGACUAUACAAGAAGUGAGGAGCACUGAUACUGGAAACUAUACUUGUGGUUUGGGAAGUGUUUCUCUUAUAGUCCAAAAACCUGUUAUCAUAGUUACUGGUCAAUACAUUAACCUCAUUGUUGGUAGUAGUGUCAGUAUUAGCUGUACUACAAUGCCCUCCAUCCAUAACAGUGAAGUAAAGUGGCAUUCAUCAUCAUUCAAUAGUGAUAGCAAUGAACUGAUCAUUAAUCCAGUGAUGCUCUCUCAUAAUAACAAGAUAUUCACAUGUGUAGUAUCAUCAGAUUUACUGGCUAUGAGUUUGACAGAGUCUAUUACUAUUAGUGUUGAU